AUGGUGCCGAGGUCAACGUUCUUCUUCUUCUCUCUGCUUUUCUUGGCCUCCGCCACCUUCUCCGCUGCGCACAUCGCCGACUUUGAUGAUUACUGGAAGAAGAAGGCUGAAUUGGCAGUUGCCAAAAAUCAAGCCUCCUACAACCCCGACCCUGAAUCCGUCACCAGCACCUUCAAUGCCGAUGUCCACAAAGAGACGGUGGACAUGGAGGAAGAGACGGCGAACAGCACGAGAAGAGGGUUGCGCGGGAAGAAGAAGAAUUUGAUAGGGGAGCCCUGCGUGGCGACGAACCCGAUCGACCGGUGCUGGCGGUGCCGCAGCGACUGGAGCAAGAACCGGAAGCUGAUGGGUCAGUGCGCGAAGGGGUUCGGGCGGCACACCACCGGCGGGCUGGACGGCCGGUUCUACAUCGUCACCACCCCCGUCGACGACGACAUGGUGAACCCCAAGAAGGGGACGCUGCGGUGGGGCGUGAUUCAGGACCGGCCGCUGUGGAUCGUCUUCGCCAGCGACAUGAUCAUCCGGCUCAGCGAGGAGCUGAUCGUGAACAGCAACAAGACCAUCGACGGCCGCGGCUUCAACGUCCGGAUCAUCGGCGGCGCAGGCAUCACCCUCCAGUACAUCCACAACAUCAUCAUCAGCAACAUACACAUCCAAGACAUCAAGCCCGGGAACGGCGGCAUGAUCCGCGACUCCGAGGUUCACUGGGGCUUCCGCACUCGCAGCGACGGCGACGGCAUCUCCAUCUUCGGGGCCAGCAACAUCUGGAUCGACCACGUCUCCAUGGACAACUGCGGCGACGGUCUCAUCGACGCCAUCAUGGGGUCCACCGCCAUCACCAUCUCCAACUCCCACUUCACCCAGCACAACGACGUGAUGUUGUUCGGUGCUAGCGAUGCCUACUCCCCCGAUGCGAUCCUGCAGAUCACCCUCGCCUUCAACCACUUCGGCCGAGGACUCGUUCAGAGAAUGCCAAGGUGUCGAUGGGGUUUUGUCCAUGUUGUGAACAAUGACUACACCCAUUGGCUGAUGUAUGCAAUCGGAGGCAGCCAACACCCCACCAUUCUGAGUCAAGGCAAUCGAUUCAUUGCUCCACCAAACAUUUUCGCCAAGGAGGUGACGAAGAGAGAGUAUUCUCCAGAAAAUGUGUGGAAGAAUUGGAACUGGACAUCAGACGGUGACCUAUUUCAAAAUGGAGCCGUGUUUAUACCAUCGGGCGUGACUCCGGACAAGGACGGCUUCCUCCUGAAGGACCUCAUCAAGGCCAAGCCUGGCGCCUUCGUCACGAGACUCACUCGCUACUCCGGCGCUCUCGACUGCAUCCGCGGCCGACCUUGUUAA